CUGUCCAAUCCCAACCCUGUAUUCAUCCUGCACAUACCACGCACGAGCCACAUGUCUCAGAAUCAGACCCACAAACAGACCAUUCAGGAACCACGCGGCUGAGCCAACUCUUCAAUCUCCAUAUCACAUAGCAAUAUCGAUAUCACCAUCAACAAAGUACAAAAUAGCCAGCAUUCAUUUAAGCAAAUGGGCUACGAUAUGUGAACUCAAAGUUCACAUUGCUCACACUGGCAUCUUCAAUAGAUAUCCCACUCGAAACAAUGGCGUCGUCUACAGCCGAAGAACCUCUCUUGUCGAAUCAGCCUGGCGCGGAAGAGGAGGAUGAAGAGAAUCAAGUAAAUGGAGAUAUCUCAUUGCUUCUCGAGAAGAAUUUAAGUAAACCAGGCUUAUUCGUUUGGUUACUUACUUUUUCGGCUGGGAUUAGCGGAUUGUUAUUUGGAUGUAUGGGUUUCUCCAUCUUACACUCUACUCCGAUCUCCAUUUGCGAGCAUCAUAGAUCAUAACUAACAACAUACAAACCAGACGACACAGGCGUCAUAUCCUCCACGCUGAUAAGUCUUCAUACCUCUCUAGGCCGCCCCCUAACAACACUCGAUAAAUCUCUAAUCACAUCCUGCACCUCUCUCUUCGCACUUCUCAUCUCUCCUCUUUCGGGCGUGCUGGCUUCCUCCUUUGGUCGCAAACGAGUCGUUCUCCUCGCAGAUUUAGCCUUUGUUCUCGGCGCGCUUAUCCAAGCAUUUACAACCACAGUAUGGGGUAUGAUCCUCGGAAGAAGUAUUGUGGGACUCGCAGUGGGGGCAGGUAGUUUCGUGGCUCCGUUGUAUAUAAGUGAAUUGGCGCCGAGUAUGUGGAGAGGUAGAUUAGUGGUGUUGAAUGUGUUGUUUAUUACAUUGGGUCAGGUCGUGGCCUAUAUUGUUGGCUGGGCGUUUGUGGAAUGGGGGACUCUAGAGACGGGGUGGAGGUGGAUGGUUGGGUUGGGAGCGCUGCCGGCUCUGGUGCAAAUUUUGGUUAUGUUGGUUAUGCCUGAGACGCCGAGGUGGUUGGUACAGGUUGGGAGGGUGGAUGAGGGGAGAAGUGUUUUGAAUAAGGUUUUUGGGACCGGGUUGGAGAUGCAGAAAGUGGUAGAUGCGGUUUUGAAGGGGAUUGUGAGAGAAGUGAGAGAGGAGGAUGAGGCGAAAAGGUUAAGAGGCAUGGCGAGGAAGAAUAAGGGAUCGGAAGAUUCCUGGAUAAGCGACGCGAAAGAUAGCUGGGAGGAAUUAAUAGGAGUUGGAGGAAAUAGGAGAGCUUUAAUAAUUGCUUGUUUGUUACAAGGUCUGCAACAACUAUGCGGCUUCGUAAGUAUCUUUUCCAGUUCAAUAGAAAAAUUCAACUAAUAAAAGUCUCACAGAACUCCCUAAUGUAUUUCAGCGCCACAAUCUUCACCAUCCUCGGAUUUUCCUCCCCAACCCUCACAUCCCUCUCCGUUGCCCUCACAAACUUCGUCCUAACCUGCGCUGCUCUCUUACUCAUCGACCGUAUCGGCCGUCGUCGCAUCCUCCUAAUCUCAAUCCCCAUAAUGAUCCUUGGACUCCUCCUCUGCUCCAUCGGUUUCCACUUCAUGGAUCUACCCUCCACCUUCUCCACCAGCACCACCUAUCCCCUCCACGAAACCUCCUCAAACCCCGCAUCCUCCCUCCUCCUAAUCCUCCUCUCCAUAACCAUCUACACCGCCUCCUUUGCCCUCGGCCUCGGAAACGUCCCCUGGAUGCAAUCCGAGCUCUUCCCUUUGUCCGUCCGCUCCCUCGGCUCCUCCCUCUCCACUUGUACAAAUUGGUCUGCGAAUUUCAUCAUCGGACUUACUUUUCUUCCCAUGAUGGAAUUUUUGUCCCCGCAAUGGACGUUUGUGGUUUAUGCGGCUGUAUGUGCGGCUGGUUGGGUGGCGAUUUGGAAUGUGUAUCCUGAGACGAGGGGGUUGGGGUUGGAGGAGGUGGGGGUGUUGUUGAGGGAUGGGUGGGGGUUAGGAGAGGGACAGAGACGGAGACGGGGAUGAGGUAGGGAGGAGGGAGUGGGGAGGAGAGAGCGAAUUGGAAUGAAUGGAUGGACAAGUUUAGAUGGAGAUUUGUAAAUAAUGGGUUUGGUGUUUUGGCGUUUCAUAAGCAUGAUGUAUCUUAGAUAUUUAUUACAGACCACGGGAUAUAGA